ACGCGAUAGUCCGAGUUAUCGGGGUGAUAUCGGGCGCGUCUGUCACACCUCAGCCUGGGGCCCCAGCGCAGACCAUGUCGCACAGCGUCACCAUCAUCAUGGCACUAGUGCUUGUAUUUGGAACUUAUUGCCUGGCCGCCGUGGUGGCCCAAGGUUCAGCAGCGACGCAGGUGACAUGGCUGAAAGCCACCUACUACCUACGGUCCUUAGACGGCUCCAAUUACUGGGACGAUGAUGUGCACGAUAAUGUGCUUCUAGUUCGCUGGGCAGUGGGCCCAGAGCUGAACUCUUCCGUUUCGGGAUAUGUGGUUAGUCUCUCACUGGAGGGCAGCGGUGGCGGCGAAGACUGCGAGGACACGACGACUGAGGACUCGUUCUCUGGCAGUUCGCUGGCCAACGUGGCCGCCAGUGUGCGCCAUGCACGCCGGACCACGCGAGAGAUUCAGACCGAUGCACCAGCGACUUCAACGUCGACCGCGACAAGCGCAAAACCACGGUGCAGGCCGUCAUUGAACGACUUCUGGAGGUCCUGCUCCGAAAAUUGGACCGACUCUGACUCGUUCGCAGCUGAGGAGCAGAAAUCAAGCAUCGGCAGAGGCCGCCCCGCGCCUCCGCCGCCCAGCGUGGCGCGGCCCCCCCUGCCGCGGCCCGCGCCUCUCACCGCGGCCCGCACCCCCGCGCACGCUCCGCCUCGCCCCCGCCGUCACCGGCGCAAAGGAGCUGCAGCCCGCUCGACCGCAGCCACCGCUGCUAGCCCCACAGCCCAAGUGAGGGACAGAGCGCAGUCGCAGCCCGUGAUUUUUCAAUGCGCAAGCUGCGAGGCAGAACCGAGACGUCCAACGCGCAUCCCGUUCAGAGGAGACAAUGGUGACCCCUGGAGGAGUUUCUGCGGCGAAAACGAGAUGAGAUAUGACACUUCGUAUGAGGAUACAACCAGCUUUAACUAUCCUAUGCUGAAGUGCCUCAAGACUACGGACGGCAACACCGUGAGGUUUGACAUCGAUCAGACACUGGAGGAUCCUCACUUCCAGCUCGACGUGUGGGAAGUGCGUGGCGAGGACAUCGCGUACCCGAUUGUUGAUUCCGAAGACUUUGUGCCUUUCAGGAGUAGACCACUGGAUGGCUACAUAGCGCGGGCCCGUCCAACGCAAGCGGAGCUCGUUUGGAAAGUGGAGGACGCGCCAGCCGUCGCGUCGUUCAACAUAACGGUCCUCUGCCUUUGCUAUUCAUCUGGAACCACGGACAUCUUUGUCCUGGAGGUCAGCUCUGCCGACAAGACGGCCACCGUCUUGCUGAGCGAUCUCAAUCCUGGAGCAGAAUACAUUUGCCGGGCCAAGUUUACUGCAGGUAUAUCCGAGUCUAUGUGCAGCGAUGGUGUCAUUGUGACCACUCUCCAAUACACUCCCGGCGGCUGCCUCAAAGACGUUACGUUAGCUGACGGGGUACUCCGUUGGGAAGACCCGUUCAACGACUUGUUCACAACACACUACUACAUCAACGCGACAAGAAAGCAGCGGCAGCCCAGCUGCUGCACGAGUCCCACGCAGACCCUCUUGUUCGUCUCCAACUCUCCCUGCUGUGCUGGUCUGGACGAGCUCCUGCCUUCGGGUACAGCCUUCUUUCUAAAGGUCAAGACCGUCCAGCAAAACAACAACACUGUGUUCCUGCAGAGCGAGUCCGUGGACUACGAGACUCCCGAGCGAGAAGGCCCUAGUCCACCGGCUGACUUUUCCCUCUCGGCCACCCCGUCGCCCAACAACACCGAUCCGCUGCAGGUGAAGCUCUGCCCACCAUGCGAGGCGCACGGCGACGUCCACGACUUCAUCUUUUCUGCGGAUAAACCCGACCUGCGCAAACGCAUACACGACGUAGACAUGACUGUCGACAAGAUGACAGGGAUUCUGUCCUUAAACUUCUCCCAGUUGUUCCCCACGUUUAACUGGUGCCAGUGCGAUGGGCAGAACGUCACCUUUCAGGUGACCGCCGCGAACGCAAAACUCAAUAAGGUCUCCCAGCCACUCAAUCUGACCGUGUUCGUGCCGCACCAGUGCCCUACGCCGCCGGCUGCCGAGGAUUUAAGCGACCGCAUGCAACUUAUUUACGGCGACGGGACUGCAACCACGGCAGUCCUCACCAUCAGAGAGAGGCUCUUCGACUGGUCCAUGGGGCGCCCGCGUGCCUACCGUCUGCUGGUUGCGCAGAAGGGGGAGGAGUCCAUGGGCGGUGGCUGCGGCGCGUCUAACGACACAAUCCACAUCUGGGCCAUCGCCAACCAGUACCCGCGGGUAGCGCUGUACAGCCCCACGGACAGGGGCUGGAACCUCUUUCAAGAUCCCAGCUGCGACGCCUCGGGGACGUGCAGCUACAGCUACACCAUUGGCAAGGACCAAUGUCCCUUGUACGAGACCAAUACGUUUUGCAACGGGCCGCUGCGCGCUGGUACCACCUACAUGAUCUGCCUCCGGGCCCAGUACGACAGCGAGGGACUCUUCUACAUCGAAACACCUCCCUUGUACUUAAGUGGUAUGGCCUGGUGUGCUACUUAAUCACUUCAAGCAAAAUGGAUAGCAAUAAGGGCCAGAUACAGGAAUAAAUCAAAGGCCGACAAGGCAGAUCACAAUUAAUAGUCAGUUUUAAUAUGCAUAAAAGUAAGUGGGAAAGUGAUAUGCCCAUUGCCCACUGGGAACUCGAUAUCGAAUCGAUAUCGAAACAAUAUCAGUUAUUAGAAAGGUGUACUUGAGGACAACGUUAAGACCGAUAUGACACGACCAUCGACAUAAUGUUAUGGUAUAUCCAUAACCAGCCUAUAAUCGUUCCAAUUUCACCACAUGCACUGUAAUUUUCUUACAAAGAACUGCUCUUUGUAACGUACAAAGGAUUUCGCACAUUUUUAAUACAAGAAAAUUCCGAAGGGCUCGGCUUCAUAGGCUGUCACCUAAAGAAAAAUAAUAGAUAAUAGAUCCAUUUCAGGAAGGUUAUUUAUGCUGUUUGAUCGUGGUUUAUUCCACUAAAGUAGCAUUUAUUACAAAAUAUGUUCAUUGAAACAUUUUCGAAAUGGCAGAUGGCAAGAGAAACCUGUGGAAGAUAGAUCUGCUAUCUGUUAUUUGUUAUCUGUUAUCUUUCUUAAGGUGAUUCAGCCAUAAUAUUAAGAGUAUGUGUCUGUUAACAUGUGGCGCUCUUUGUAAUACGUAAAAAUCCAUUUGUUAUACAUGGUAGUCCGACACAAGUAAAAACAGUUCCUCGAUGUUCAAAGACCAAGACACCGAUUUAAGGACGCCCCACGUAUUUUUCCCUAACCCCGUCUUUAAAUUGGUGUCUUGGUCCUUGGAUAUCAAGGACCGGUUUUUACCGUCCAGAUCUAUUUAAACGAACCCGUUAGGGUCGUCUGGAUAACAGCCCAACAAUGAACACAUUGCUCUCUGAGUAGCCGGUUCCUCGCGCGCGCCGCACGCUGCCCAGCGCUUACGCUAAGAAUAGUUUUCAAUUAUAAAACAUAGUGCAGAAAGAUAUCUCGCAAAAAACAGCAUCAGCUACAUUGGAUACAACAAACAAAAGUGACUAAAUUUUCUUAACCGUGGGAUCGUUUAGAAGUUAAGAAGAAUUGUUAACGUUUUUACGUUACAAACGCAAUUCGUCU